AUGGUUAUGGAAACUAUAACCAUCAUCAACAAGUCUGGCAAGGUAGUCGGCACUGGAAAACACCUGGUCAACAUCUUUAAAGAUGCAAAGGCGGCAUACAACGAGAAAAAGGCUGAGAUGAAAGCCGAGCAUCGAAAGCAAAUCACCUACAAGAAUGCUCAGAAAUUCAUUGAAGCCCGUGAAGAGACCCAAUCCGUCGCAUCUUCUCGACGUUCCCACCGCUCUCGAUCCUCGCGACACCGUCACGCAGAUAAUGAUGGUGUAUCACGUCCUCCCCUUACAAUGCAAAACCUCUCUCAGAUAUCAGAAGGAAGUGUAGCUUCAUCUCGUAGAAGCCGCAGUUCUCACCAUGGUUCCCGCAGACCAACAAGCCCCCCGCCAUACACCGCGCCGUUCGAGGACGAAGAUUUUGAAGGGACCGGUCCUGCCAUCACACGAAGACACACCGACAUGCCCGAAUCCCAAGUCUCUCGACGAACACUGCCUCCACCAUACACACUCCACCGCAGCGUCUCGAACCCCGAUUUCUCUGAUAAGAUUGACAUGAACCUCGCAUACGGCGAGCUACACCACCCACCCCCACCAGCCAUCGAGCAAGAACAAGAGCUCCAAGCAACAAUGUCCAAACUCGAAAUACUGCUUACAGAAGCACAAUGCUUACAAUACACCGCUACAGCCAUAAUCAGCAAUCUGCAGACCAACCCUGAAGCUAUGGCAGCCGUAGCUUUAACCCUAGCCGAACUCUCCAAUAUUCUGAAAUCAAUGAGCCCCGGGAUCCUGUCAGCGCUCAAAGCAACCUCACCCGCAAUCUUCGGCCUUCUCGCCUCCCCACAAUUCCUCAUCGCUGGCGGCCUCGCAAUCGGCGUCACGAUCGUCAUGUUUGGCGGAUACAAGAUCAUCAAGAACAUGCAAGACAACCAGAAAGAAGCGCCUCGUAUGGAGGAGGCAAUGGUGUACGAUGGGCUUGAGAUGGGCAGUGUUGAGUCUUGGAGAAGAGGUAUUGCGGAUGUGGAGAGCCAGAGCGUUAGUACGAGUGUGGAUGGGGAGUUUAUCACUCCUGAGGCGGCGCGGAGAAAGCAGGAGCAUAUCAAGGACCGUGCGAAGGAGGAGAGGAAGAAGAGCAAGAGUCGCAAGGCAGAGAGUGUGAUGAGUGAGAGCGUAAUGAGUGAGAGCACGGUCAGUAGUGAUCGCACGAUUCGGCAGAGCGAUUUCCCGGCUCGAUCAUCGUCUCGUAAAGCGCUUCCCGCGCCGUCGGAGAGCGGCAGGAGUACGCGCAGUCGGAAAGCAGAGAGUGUGAUGAGUGAAAGCACGGUCAGGAGUAGCAGCACGACCAAGAGCAAGAGCACGAUUCGGCCGCGCGAUACUCGGUCGUCUUCGGGCCUGUCGGAGAGCGGCAGGAGUGAUCGCAGUCGCAAGGAGAGUAAAGGCAAAGAGCUUGUGGUGCUCAGCAAGGAGCGAGAGAAGAAGAAGUCCCCGCUAUCCAUCUUUUUGAACAAGCACAACGGCAAGGGGAAGAGCAAGGAAGGCAGUGAAAGAAGCAGCCACAGCCGUAGUCACCGGCCGAGAAUGAUCGAGGUGUGA